AUGUUUUUUUCUGUAGCCUUUGUUCCAUUACGUGGAAGUGCCAUUGAUAUUCAUCCAAAUGCUCGAUGGGAACAAAGUGGUAUUACAGUAGCUGGAGGAAAUGGAAAUGGCACUGGAACCGAUCAACUCAGUUCUCCAGCAGGUUUGUUUGUUGAUGAUGAACAAACAAUUUAUGUCGCCGAUGAUUUGAAUCAUCGUAUUAUGGAAUGGAAAAGAGGUGCGACAAGUGGUCAAGUGGUUGCCGGUGGAAAUGGACGAGGAAACGGGACUCAUCAAUUGUCUUCUCCAUCUGAUGUGAUUAUCGACAAAGAAAGUGAUAGUCUCAUCAUAUGUGACCAUCGGAAUGGAAGAGUGGUUCGAUGGCCUCGUCGAAACGGAACAAGUGGAGAAACAAUCAUUUCCAAUAUCGCUUGUUGGGGUUUGACAAUGGAUGAGAAUAGAUCACUCUAUGUCGUUGACAAUUAUAAACAUGAAGUGAGACGAUAUCGAAGAGGGGAAUCUCAAGGAACAGUGAUUGCCGGUGGCAAUGGGCCGGGAAAUCGUACCGAUCAACUUAGUAGCCCAACAUACGUAUUCAUCGAUCGAGAACAAACAGUCUAUGUGUCUGACUCUUGGAACCAUCGUGUGAUAAAAUGGAUGAAAGAUGCAAGAGAAGGCCUUGUCGUAGCUGGUGGUCACGGACAAGGAGUUGGUCUUACACAAUCGUCAUAUCCUCGAGAAGCCGUUGUCGAUCAAUUAGGCACUGUCUAUGUGGCUGAUUAUGCUAAUCAGCGAAUCAUGCGUUGGCCCAAGGGAGCUACACAAGGCAAUGUUGUUGUUGGUGGUAACGGAAGAGGAGGACAAUCAAAUCAACUCUAUGCGCCCCACGGUAUAUCAUUCGAUCGACACGGUAUUCUGUAUGUGGUCGAUCAUGGAAAUAAUCGAGUACAAAAAUUUAACAUUAUCUCAAAUACUUAA